GGCAACCCUGUUGAUUGUUUUGGCGGGCACUGAACAGAUGCUAAAAUUGAGGCGUUUAGGUGUGUGUUUGUACAGUGCGCCGCAGCAAUCGGCAACAACAAAACGAAAAUAAUAGUCAAUAGGCAAAAGGUGUGUGUUUAUUUACUCAUUGCAUCCGAUACCGGAGAUUUGCAGUAUCAGCGCCACAGCAAAGUCCAUAAAACCAAAGAACUUCGACGCUGAAAAGUCAAUCGGCGACAGCGGAAAUAGUGAAGCGUCCACUGGAAUGCGUUGUUAACAACCGCUUUGUCCAGCAGUCAUGGAGUCCAUAGUGCUGCACUCUGAUGUUGCGCGUCUGGUUUUGGGGUACUUGGUGAAUCAGAACCUGACGCGAGCCGCUAACACACUGUGCCGCACUUCGCCCCACCUGCGCCACGAGUUUCUGGCCCUUAAGCAGGGCCUUCAGACACACAACUUCCUCAAUGGCGGCCUGGAGGACAUCAUCUGCGAGCAUGUCAAGAUCACCGGACUGGUGGCCAAUGCACUACAGAAGCUUCCCUUGGAAGCACGCCUCAAUCUCCAGCAGCUGAAGUUGUCGGAGCGGGUCAACGAACUGAUUUCCUUGUCGGAACGGAGCGCCAACAGCACCACCAACAAUGAGAGCAGCACAACGGGAGAGGCCAGCAAUUCGCAUUCUCAUAGGAAGCGAAUGCGACGACGCACACAAUCGCCGGUGGACACCCUAUCCUCGCCUUCCAAUAGCAAGCGUCCCCGGCUGCUGCCACCGCAUUUCUUUUGCAGCGUCAAUCGCGACAAGCCAAAGCAUAGUUUCCUGGCCAAUAAGGACGACCAAGAGGCGGGCGAGGAGGAGGAGGACGAAGGCAGCAGCACCACGGCCACCGAGGACCUGGAUGAGGAGUUGGCAAGCGUUGACGGUCCGGGGCCGCGGAACAAUUCCACCCCUCGCCAAGUCAACGCGGAGCCGAAUUCCAUUGUGUUCACACCGCAGACUAUGCCCGAGCUGGCUAGUGCGAUUAUCAAGAACCAGAACUUUCAAGAGACUUUGGUUAACAACAUCAACAUGGCGCUACAGUCGGUGACGGUAACCAAUCCCAUCGUGAGCUGCGAAGCCGUGUUGGACGGUCUGGUGAAAAAUAUUCUGGAGGCCACGGAAAAGGAUCCGUCCUUCGAUCGUAUUAUUCAAGAGGUGGUUUCGGGAGAUACUCCAUUGGAAGGUGCGGAGGAAUCUCAGGUGGCCCCGGUUUUGAAUCCGGCUCCGACAGUGAUCACGGUAGGAGCACCGGCACCAAUGGGGCCCAUUGCAGUUCCAGAUGCAGCAGAGAGCCGCGAACCCGUACCGCCACAAACACCUCUCAUAAUCCGCACAGCAGUUACUGCGGCAACAACUGGCACCAAUGCCGAUCCUAAUUUCUCUAUUUCAAAGCUGAUUGUGCUAAACGCCAACGAGAGUGUCCAGAAGAUACCCGGCGGGGAGUCUGCUAACUUGAGCUUCACCAGCGACGGGUUGAACCUGAACUUUGGCGAUCCUACAGCCAUGCUAUCGGACGCGGAUGCUGCUCAGGUGUGCGUGGAUGCCACAACGGGGCAACUGACGUUUCCCAUGUACCUCUCCAAUGGAGGGCUGCUCUCGCACUUCCCUUUUCUGGUGAACAACGAGUGGGUGGCCCAGCAACUGGGACCCGAUGCCUUCGCCAACGUGGAGGAGUCGCACAUCGAAAUCUCAUUGCCGGAGCCCAUUACCCUGUCGGCCAAUCAGCUGCCGCCAAACUCCAUCAUCAUUAACAGCGCCCAGAAGCAACCACCUCCGCCGCCGACAUCCGAGCCGCCGGCGCAGCUAAUAGCCGAGGAGAAGAUAGCCCAGAAAGAGGAAGACAAGAAAGAGAAGGAGCGAGAGCACCAGAAGACGAUGGCAGAGGAACAGCUAAAGAUUCCGCCGGCCUCGCUGGACUCGUCGCGGCAAGUUAUGGAGCGCGUUACACCCUCCACGGCGGGGAUCAUCAAUGUGAAGGCUUUCCGCAGCCUUUCUACUCCGCGGAAGCGAACCUCUCAUGUCCGAACUCUCACCUUCUCUCCCAAAGUGGGCGGUCCGUUGGGUGGUGGCCUGCAUCCCACUACCCCGCUUUCCACGCGGCGUACCGGUUUUCUGGCCAAAGCAAAAGAGAAGCCUGUUAUAAAGCAAGUGGAGAUUAUUCAGACCCCCACCGAAGUCAGCGCAUACGAGUCCACCGAAGGUGUACCUCCGCUCUUCGCCAUGGACACGGAGUGCAGCAAUCAGACGGUGAUCCGGGCGAAUCCUCCUGCUGCUCCUUUGGUGGCCACUCCCAAGCGAAAACAGAAACGUCAAGCGGCGGUUAAAGCCUGCAAGCGGAUUAUAUCGCAAACAGAAACAGAGGCCAAGUCAAAUGACAAGCUUGUGAAUAAGGACAACGAGAAGGGGAAGGAAAAGAAUAAGGAGGAGAACAAAGAAGAGAGAAAGCCUCCACCCAAGAGCAAUUCGGAAAUCUUCACCGCCAAUGAUGACAGUCCUGAGGCCAGCAAGGAGAACGUACAGGAGGAAAAGGAAAAGAAGCUGUCUAGUGGUUCGGAAGCAGGAGCUGCAGCAACAGCAACCACAGCAGCCGACGAUCUCAUGGCCGCCUGGAAGCGGCAGUUGCACGGCUCCCAGAACGACCUAGAGAAUCGGCUGCGGGAGAUCAACUCCAAGCGGGAGGAGACCGUCAAAGCAGUCGGUCGCGUGAGACGACCCAAGAAGAAGGAGACCCCCACCACGGGCAGGACCAAGAAGACCAGCAUCCUGGCCACUCAGCAGACCAAAAAGUCACCGGCAAAUCGCAAGGUGGCCCAGCGAGGUGGCGGUGAGCCGGUGGAGAAGAUUAGCAUCAAGAUAACCACGCCCCAGAAGCCAAAAGCCGUGCGAAAGAAGAAGGAUUCCGUCAAUAAGGAGCCAGCAAACGAACAGCCUCCCAGUGAACCUCUUGCGAAAGAGCAGGAGAAGCUUCUUGCUCCUCCUAACAUGGCCAUGCUCCUUGAUACACCCUUCAAAGCAUCUCCUAGAGCAGACGCGGCUGACGGACAGGCUGGAGGCACUGCAGGACAAGACGGAGCGGUCGGUGGCUCUGGGGAAGGAGGCUCCGCUAUUCCACCCACUCCGGGCACUGCCAUUUUGCCGUUGGAUACCCCAUAUGGCAAAAUUCCGACCAGUUCCUUCCUGUUUGGCUCGGACACGAAGAGUAUUGUGAAUACGCCCCAACUGAGUGCAAUUACGCCGGGAUUCCGAUGCACACCUUUCGGCCAGAGGCCGGGCACUCCCCUGGGCAGCGCGGCCAAGACGGAGUACUCCUCCGGGAGCUCCUAUUACCGACCGGACGAGGCGGAGCACACGGAUGCGAAUGCGCAGUGCGCUAUCCAGCAAUGGGAAGAAAUGAAGGAGAAGCAGGCAGAGGAAGAAACGGAAGGCAGUGAUCUCAAGAAAGGCAAAGAGGAGCAGAUGGCCGAGGACGUAAAGGAGCAGCCUGUCCAAACGGAUCCGGAGCCCCCACUGGUCCUAGCGGUGGAACCCACGGUACUGCGUCGGGUGCGUUCCUUUGGUUGCGAGGCAGUGGAUAGUGCAGAGUCCGCCACUGCCGGCUCGUAUCCGUCGGACCAGCAGCACCAGCCGCACUACAAGCUCCUGCGCGGUCUGCCCGAAGCAAUUAUAGAGGGCUCCAGCAACUCCAGCUCCUCGGCGACCAGUACCUCCUCCUCGUCCAGCUCGAGUUCCAGCUCCAGCAGCAGCUCCUCGUCAAGCUCCACGUCGUCACAAUCUUCUCACGACGAAAAGGAAGAAGGCGAAGUGGAGGCGGACGACGCAGAGAAGAACGAGGAGAUCCACAUGAACGUGGAGUCCAAAGAGAGCCAGGUUCUGCUCAACCUGGACAAUCUGUCCAACAUCAGCAGCACGGAGGACGAGGAGUGGCUCAAAACGGCGGCUGCUGGCUCAGGGUCACAGAGUGCCGUGCUCCCAAGCCUCUCGAUCGAUAGUCAGCCGGGUCAGUUGCUGAGCCAGGACGGUGAGGUUCGCUAUCCGAUUAGAAACUGGCUGACGCCCAGCAAAGAGCAAGGUCAUGAGGCGGCAAACACCAGUGGGCAGUUGCUGGCACUAUGCGGAGUGAAAGAUCCUCCCCCGCCUCCUCCGGUUGCGGAUCUUCCACCACCUCCUCCACCGCCACCACCACUUCCAACAACAUCAGGAUCAGUUCCACCUCCGCCUCCUCCGACAGAGAUUACACCGGACCCUGGUCCCUCCCAAAUCAGCAAGGAGCAACGACAGCAGCUGGACGAGAAGCGCCAGCGAGUAAUGGCCAAGGUCAAGGAGAAGGAGAAAUUCCAGCCAGUCAAGGUACAGGCCAAGAAGACUGCAGCCAGCAAGAAGCUAACGGCCAUCCGGGAGUCCGCCAAACUGGCUAAUCCGAGCAGUCAGAAGUCGCCCAAGAAAUGCGAACACCUGGAAGCCACCAAAAACAAGACAGCCAAGGCCGAAGAUCCCCCAAAGAAGUCCCUGGAACCCGACAGCGCGCCUGCCACAAAAUUAAGCAAACUGGCCGUGGCCGAAGAAGGAGAAAAGGAUGAGGAGGCGGCAAAACCGGAGACACCGCCGGCCAGUGCGUUAGAUCCGGCUCUGCUGAUGGCCCUGAAUCUGUCGGUCAAAAAAAAGGAGCCUUCAGCAACCAGCGUUGUAACUAAACCGAAGGCGCGAGCUGCUGUCGAGAUUGCUGCCCAGCCGGCACCAGGAAAACGGGGCCGCCCCAAGAGGUGUCAGAACGGAGAGCCACCCAAGAUCUCCAUGCGCAGGUCCUCUCGACUGGUGGACCACAAACCUGCAUCUCCGGACCCCCCAGGUCCCAAAGCUACUGCCCAGGAAUCACAAAAGACAUCGAAGGCCCAAGCCAAGACCACCGCGAAGAAGCCGGUCAAGAAGAAAGUAGAGACAAGACCGCCCUCCACGACUCCCAUGGGCUCCAGGCUGCCCCUGGUGGCCGAAGCUCAGACCACACGGGAUUCCCCGGAUGACCAGCAGCCGCCUGCCGUUCUCGAGCGAAUUUCAGAGCAACCGCACGAACCGCUAAACGAUGGAGCGUCCGACCCAAACGAUAGCGACUACGAGUUGGACUUGUGUAUGAGCAAAGAUCUGGAGCGCCACCAUUUUAGCUACAGCUACGAGGACAACGGCCCCAAGCUGGGUAACAAUGUGGCGCGCCAACCGGCUAACUUCUUCAAGAACUACCAGAUGCGCCUGAUGACGGAGGACGACCAGCUGCACACCAUGCGCAUAGCCAAUCCGAAUCAGGUGUUCGUGGGCAAGCCGUUGGUGGCCAUCCGGAACAUCCCAAAGAAGCGUAUACGCCGUCUGACCAGCAACAGUGGAGGCGUUGCAGCGCCGGCUGCCCCUUCGAAUCAGCCUGCGGCCACAUCCACGCCGCUGGUCGAGAAGUUAGCUGCGAGAAGCGCUACUCUGCCGCAGGACGAAAACGAUCUGGAAGUCGCCAAUAUUAACACCAAUCUCAGCGGUGGCGAUAAAUCGGAGGAUCUCCAGGACAAGGAUAAGAACCAGUCCAGCCACAGUGUGGAGAUCGAGGACAUCGAGUCAAUACUGUCGCAUCUCCAUGGAACCUGAUAGGAUAUACGCCGCAGCCCCCCGUAUCCGAUAUGGAUCCAUACCAUCCCGUCGCCGUCGCCGGAGUAGCCCACAUCUUUCUCAGCUUUAUAAGCUCACCUAGUUAAGUGUUUUUUGGAAAACCAGUUUAAAAAUGAAUUUUUCACCGUCGUAUAACUGCAAUCUAGGAUCGUUUAGAAUUGAUUUCGUUACUUUUUAAGACGUACUUGAUCUUUCGCCGAUUGAAUACCUACCUUUAAUUUAUUUAUUUUCGUUGUAAGUGGACUAGGAGCAGGAGAUCCCCAGCUGCUCCAUCAAAACUACUAAAACAUUCACACAUUGCGUGGAGGUGGGCAGGAAGGAUCGCUAAUUUGGGAUUCAUUCGUGCCCCCACUCUCUAUAUACCAGAGUAUAUAUCGUUACAUAUAUAAAUGCGCUGUAAAUCAAGCCAAGUUGAUUAGGUUGUUAAGGCCGCAGAACAAAAUCGAUGUUUCUUCAUUAUUUUUUUUCUUACCCAUAAACUGAAUCUAAGGAAUAACCAAA